CGCAGUAGCACGAGCUGUAAGGUGACGCCUUGGAGACCACGCCCUCUGGUUGCCACAGCAACCUUCCAGUUGUCCGUAACCACGCCCUCUAGUAGCAACAGAGACCACGCCCUAAAAGAAGAAAGGGGAAAAAAAAAACACCUGACGCACAAAGACUGGGAAGCUUGUGGCCGGAUUUCCUCAGAGAAGCAGGGACACUAUGGCAGCGGAGGAGUCGCUCUACAUGAGGACGGUGCUGUCCCUUCAGGACUCGGUCAAACCCGACGACUCGACUCUGGCCCUGCCGUCCGAGGACAGGCUCGCCCGCUCGGUGAGCCACCGGCGCUGCCGAGUGGAGCAGCAAGUGCAGCAGCUUACUCUCUCCCGGAAAGGAAAGGGGCCGGCUCUCAAAGGUAGCCUGUCUAGUGGCCAACUUGCAACCAGCACAUCAAUCAGAAAUGGUCAAGAAAAGGCCUCAUCUUUUGCUUCAGAGUCAAUUAAGCCAGUGAGAAGGGUGGAUGUUUCUCACUGGCCGAGUCUGGAGCUCCCUCAGUUUAAUGGGGGCUAUGGGACGUUAAGGUAUGGCUCGUCUGGAAACAGCUUCUACUGGAGGUCGGCAGCCUUUACACUGCCUGCGAUGCGAUCAGUGUUUUCUGCUGACCACCUCCAGACGACUGUCCCUUCACAGCACUAUGCCCACUCUGAGACGCUCAAGAGCACUCGGCCGUUCGUGUCGGGCAGGUCUGCUACGCUGCAGCUUCCCAGCAAGCCCAUCUAUGAGGAUGACCCUUUGGAUGAUGUCUUCCUGCCUGAGGGCCCACACAUCACCCCCUUCAGAUCUGAGCAUCAGGUGUUUUUGCAGAGGCAGCAGGUGCAGAGAUCAUUCAGUCAGCCUAGAGAGGAGCUGUAUGGAUCUCAGGAUCUGUCCUGGCUGGUUCGUGAUGGGUGGGAGCAACAAGAGACAGCAAGCAGACGCCCUUCGCAGACUGCUUCACAGCUCAACGUUGAGGUGUACACAAACGGGUUGGCAGUGGCUGAAGAACCCAAGGCCAAGCGACAAGCAAGGGUUAACACUGUAAAACGGGGAAAGCAGGGUGCAGAGAUGACAAUAAGGACGGCUGUGAAUGACCUUUCUCAGGAGAACACAGAAAGGCAGCUGACUGCUGCAAAGUUCAUACAAAACCAGUGCUUCAGCAGUGCAGAUGCUAAGAAAACACUGUUGCACCAGGAUGGCAUCCCAAAGCUGUUGAAGCUGCUGGACUCUGAGGAUGAAGAGCUGCAACAAGCCGCCACAGGAGCACUCCGAAACGCUGUCUUUGAGAACACCGAAAACAAAAUGGAGGUGAAAGACUGUGAUGGUGUUGCUGUGAUCCUGCGCCUGCUCAGUGUAAACCGGAACAUCGAGAUGCGACGACAGAUCACCGGGCUGCUGUGGAAUCUGUCCUCUCACGACAUGCUGAAGGAGCAGCUGUGCAGAGACGCAGUAAAACCACUCACUGACACCGUGCUGGUGCCCUGUUCAGGUAUCUCAGAGGGGGAAGACCCCAAACUGGAGCUGCUGGCUGAUUCUGAUGUUUUCCUCAAUGCUACAGGCUGCCUGAGGAAUGUAAGUUCAGCUGGUCCGAAUGGACGUAAAUCCAUGAGAGAUUGCAACGGUCUCAUCGACUCUCUUGUUUAUUAUGUGCGUGGAACCAUUGCAGAUUAUAAACCUGAUGAUAAGGCUUUAGAAAACUGCGUGUGCAUCCUGCAUAACCUGACUUAUCAGUUUGAAUCUGAGCUUCCUGAAGCACUCCGGCCGGUGCUGCAGGAGUCCAGACAGAGUCUUGCACUUCAGACCCAGACGCCUGGCUGCUUCAGUAUGAAGAGUGCCAAAAUCGCUGAGAGAGACAAUCAUGAGGAGUCAGACUGCCCCCUGCUGGAGGAAAAGGGAAACCCUCGUGGUGCUGAGUGGCUGUGGAGUGCCAUCACCAUUCGCAUGUACCUGUCUCUUGUUGCCAUUAGCAACCGCCAGCUGACGCAGGAGGCAGCCAUAGGAGCCAUGCAGAACCUCACUGCAGGCACUGGAGGGGUGUCGCAAGCUGUAGCCCACAUCAUAGUGCUGAGAGAGAAUGGCCUGCAGCAGGUGAAGAAGAUGCUCCAGGAGGGAGAGGAAGAAGUGAGGAGGGUCUCCCUGAGUCUGCUCAAAAACCUGUCCCGCAACAAAGAACUCCACUCAGACAUCAUUAAACAGGUGUUGCCAGAGCUGGUAGCCAUACUUCCCACGACUUACGCAAACACAGGACAGCUUGUGAUGGCCACGGCAAUCUGUCAAAUUCUCAACAACCUGAGCCAAACUUCUGUACAGAACGCUCGUGCCAUUCUGAACCAAGGGAUGCUGCUCCCCAAGAUCAUCAAAAUCAGCACCAGAGACCACAGAAAUGCACCCACGAAAGCUGGCCAGGCUGCUGGUGUCCUGCUGCAGACUCUGUGGAGGCAUUCAGAGCUUCAUGGGAGCUACAAGAAGGCCGGUUAUAGGAAGACAGACUUCAUAAACAGCAGAACAGUGAGGGCAGUCAGUUCUGCUCAUGACUGACCUCAAGUGGACAACAGGAGGAUUACAGAAGAAAGACUAAAAAACAAAACCUAAAAUGUUUCAAACCUGGAAAAAGUCUGGAAAAGGCUUCCUUGUGCAAGU